CUCCGCUUGGUCUCUCUUGCCACAUACUGGCCAGAUUCUCUGUGAUCUAGCCUCGGCGGGGAGCUACAAUGAAGUUUAGUUCUGCUUUGAAGUUUAACGCGGUGUCAGAGUGGUGGGACGAGUACAUUGCCUACGACACCCUCAAGAAGUUCAUCUACCAGCUGGAGAAGCAGCAGCACGAUCUCGACCAGUCCUAUCAUGACCUCGAAGCGCACGAGCGCACGUCCCUCGUCGGCGAGCGCACAUCCCACACCGACGAUCUCUUCAUCCCCCUCCUCGACCGCGAGCUGCGCAAGAUCGUCGCCUUCUACGAACAUCAGGAACAGGAGCUCUUCCGCGACCUCGCCGAGCUCGAGGAGAUGGCGCAGCAGCAGGACGAGGAAGGCCUCCAGGGCGAUCACUACGCGGACGACGCGUACGAGGGGGACGAGUCGGACGACGACGAUAGCCCGGUGCGCAGCCGCACGCGGAGCACGGGCAGGAGGCGCUCGACCUCGGGCGCGUAUCGCAGGCCGAACCUGUCGGUCACCGUCGGCCCCACAGAAGCGAUACCCGAAGACGCACCCUUGUCCCCUCCGUUUGAUGCCCGCCGCUACAGCCACUCCUCCGAAGACCACGACCGCGGCCUCGAGGACAGUCUCAUCUCCCUCCCCGGCAAGUCCGGCACGCUAGGCAAGGCCCGCGCGCUCGCGAACCGCAUCGUCAACCUGAAGGACAGCGUCACGUCUGCGGGGUCCGCGUCCGAGACGAUAUGGAACUCGCGCUCCAACUACGCGACCGACACGCGGCUGCUCUACAAGCGGCGCAUCACCGCGCUCUAUACGUCGUUCACGAGCCUGAAGUCUUACGUCGAGGUGAACUACUCUGGGUUCCGCAAGAUCCUGAAGAAGUACGACAAGGUUACGUAUAGCGAGCUACUGCCGCGAUACCUGCACGACGUCGUCGAUCACGCGAAGCCGUUCACCCCAGCUGCAAGACGCCCUAGAACGCCUCAUAACCUCCCCCAGCAUAAUCUCCCCCAGCAUGACCUCCACGAGCAUGACAUCCCCCAGCAUAACCUCCCCCUCCAGCGGUGACGGCGCGGACGGGCAGCACGACGGCGGGCGUGGACGACGAGCGAGAUGGGCGUGGACGGCGAGCAUGACAGGGGGAGGGGAGGUACACGGUAAGCCC